AUGGGUGCUCCGUCCUUUUUUCUGGGCAUUGAGACGGUCUCUCGUGGUGAUGGUUUGUUUCUUUCUCAGCAGCGAUACAUGCGAGAUAUCUUGAGCCGUGCAGGUAUGGUGGACUGCAAGCCGUUGGCUACUCCGGUGCCUGUGACUCGACCCGUUUCUGAAUCGGUGGUUCCUUAUGCCGAUCCCACGCAGUAUCGCAGUCUUGCUGGGGCUCUGCAGUAUCUUACUGUCACUCGCCCGGAUUUAUCUUUUGCUGCGAAUCGGGUCUGUCAGCAUAUGCACUCCCCGACUACUGAGCAUUGGGCAAUGCUCAAACGUGUUCUGCAGUACGUUAAAGGCACUUUGCAUUUUGGUCUGUUUAUUCGCCCAUCCUCCUCUGUUGCAGUGCAUGCUUUUUCGGAUUCGGACUGGGCUGGGGACCCCGCUGACAGAAAGUCUACUAGCGGCUUUGCGGUUUUUCUUGGUGACAAUCUGAUCUCUUGGUCUUGCCGGAAGCAACGUACGAUUGCUCGUUCGUCUACAGAGGCCGAGUACAAGGCACUAGCUGACGUGUCUGCUGAGGUCACCUGGUUGGUUUCUCUAUUGCAUGAACUUCGGUUGCCGUUGGCAGCUCCUCCCACUCUCUGGUGUGAUAAUCUGGUGGCAAAGAAAGAGUUGCAGGUUAGCUUCAUUUCUACUAAGAAUCAGCUGGCUGACGUGUUCACUAAAGCUCUCCCUGGUCCGCGUUUCUCUACUCUGUGUGGCAAGCUCAAUGUUACUUAUUAUUUGAUUCAUUCAGAAAUAUUAUAUCCUCAUCAUGACAACGGAGGGCAGAAGACGCAUGAUGGGGAAGCGGUGGAGGUGGUGCCAGAGACACCACUAGAGGCGAUGGUGGAAGACGUGGCCAGGCCGGAAUAG